GUGCAGGUGUUAAAGCUGGAUGUUUCUCUGACUCACUCACCGUGUUUUUGUGGUCGUGUUGUGAUGUCAUUAUAAGACAUGUUUGCUGUUACAUGCCUCAUCUUCACGUUAUUUAACAGUGGACUUGCCGGCAAGAUUUCCACUCUGGAUGGACCCACAUCACAUCAGGUUUAUGAAGGAAACAGUACCAAUGAGAACAGUUUAGAAGCAAUAGCCGGUGUGAGGGCGUUCACAAAGGAGGAGGGGGCGGAGCCACGGAUUGUGGGCGGUAAAGAGGCGUGGCCUCACUCCUGGCCCUGGCAGGUGGCGCUGACUUUUGCCGACAUGCCAGCGUGCGGUGGUGCCAUCAUCAGUGAGCACUGGAUCAUCACAGCCUGCCACUGUUUCAGACGAUAUUCUAAAGAAUCGUUGUGGACCGUGAUGGCUGGGAAACAUGAUCUGGAAAAUCAAACUGAGUCCUGCCAACAGACUUCCAAAGUGGCUAAAAUCAUCAACCACGAGGACUACAAUAGCAUAACCAAACACCACGACAUCGCUCUGCUGAAGCUGCAGACUCCUCUGGUGUUUAACGAGUGUGUAAGGCCCAUUCCUGUCUGGAGCGGAGAGCUACCGUCACUGAAACGAUGCACCGUCACAGGCUGGGGUUCCACUACUGAGAGUGGACCGCGUGCAACCAAGCUUCAAGAGGUCAACAUUACCAUAGUGGAGCCUGAUGCCUGUGUGCAAUUUUAUGGAGGGGUUAUCCGUUCCUCCAUGAUGUGUGCUGGAGAGGCGACGGGAGGUUUGGAUGCGUGUCAGGGGGAUUCUGGGAGUCCUCUGUCCUGCUUCACAGGAGAGCGGUAUGAAAUAGCUGGAAUCGUUAGCUGGGGAGUGGGUUGUGGCCGUGCUAAGAGACCCGGGGUCUACACCAAAGUUGCGUUUUACGUCCAGUGGAUUAGUUCCAUCAUCAAUGGUCAACUUGGUGCUGCUGGCACAUGGAAGAUGUUACCAGUGGAGGGAGACGCAGCAAGCAAAAAAUUAUCAGUGAAAAAGUGUGGCCAGGCCGAAGUGAAAGCCUGCAAGCUCGAUCAAGACUGUGUAGGCUUCGAGACCUCAGAACCCAACGGAGAGCUGAGGGUGGUAAACCUGACUGAGGCAUGUCCUCACUCCUGGCCCUGGCAGGUCAGCUUGCAGAGUGAAGAAAACCACUACUGCAGCGGUACCCUCAUAGACGAGCGCUGGGUGCUGACUGCGCGCCACUGUCGUGCUGAAGCUGGAGAUAUGGCUGUGCUUGGCGCUCACGAUCUCAACUCCAUAGGAAGUCAGAGUGCAACGGUCAAGGCAGUCUACAGCCAGCCGUAUGAUGGCAGCUACCCUCCACUGCAUGACCUCGCUCUCAUCUACCUCAGUGUUCCAGCUCGACUAGGAUCUUCAGUAUUCCCAGUUUGUAUAUCAGAUGAAAACUGGAGGUUUGAUCAAGGGGAAUUUUGUGUGACGACAGGAUGGGGAUAUAGAAGGUCAACACCAAAAGUGAGUCCUGACGUGCUCCAUCAGGCCCGAGUGAUCCCACUAUCUGAGCAAGCCUGUUGGACCGGUUGGGGGCAGGUUUUCAGCUCUAAUGCCCUCCUGUGCACACAGUCUGCUGCCUCAUCAUCUUGCCUGGGCGAUGCAGGGGCACCACUUUUGUGCCAAAAGGAUGAACGGUACUAUCUGGCUGGCAUGAUGGCACUGGGGCUCAAGCGCUGUGAUCAACAGAAACCAGCCAUUUUUACUAAUCUUUCCAGGUUCUGGUCCUGGAUUGAGAGAACUAUGACCAAAGAAGAAAUCUAAUUAAAAGAAUGCAACUUCUGUUUUGUACGUCUUGGAGCACUACAUCUGCAUGAGAAAACCUGA